CAUGCCUUUUAGAAACAAAAGGAUAACAUGCAUUCUCAGAUGGAAUGCCACUAGGUAUUUCAGGUACAUUCAACUUCAUGAUUGUAUUCCAAGCAGAGCAUAACAUUUUAAUGCACCCAUUCCACAUGUUAGGUGUAGCAGGUGUAUUCGGUGGUUCAUUAUUCUCAGCAAUGCAUGGUUCACUAGUAACAUCAUCACUAAUCCGUGAAACAACUGAGAACGAAUCAGCAAACGAAGGUUACAAGUUUGGACAAGAAGAAGAAACGUACAACAUUGUUGCCGCUCACGGUUACUUUGGACGUCUAAUCUUCCAAUACGCUUCAUUCAACAACUCUCGUUCACUACACUUCUUCCUAGCAGCAUGGCCUGUAGUAG